AUGCUGCCUCGCGAUGAGAUGUUUGUUGAACGACUCCGAAAGAUGGGCGCAGACUCGCUGUUCGCCUUCCUGAUGCAGGCAAUGAUCGAAUUCGCCGUCACGCCCAUACUCUCCUCUCGCAUCCACAACUCUCCACACCUCCUCGCGCACAGAACCCUAGGAGACGCCCCCAUGGCAUUCGGGCUGGUGGAAUUCGAGUCCGCGUGGAACGCCGCGACUGAAGACCGCCCGCUGUGCUUCGAGAGCCUCCUCCUGCCGGGCUUCUUCAAGGGAGUGGCCUUCCCCUCCCACCCCGACCAAGGCACCUACCUGGACCGGCACCUGAGGAUCAAGCUGGGGCUGGAGCCUCCAGAGAAGAUGGUGUGGGGGGCGGAUGGGGCGCGGGGGUGGCGGCCGCGGGUGCUGUAUAUCACGCGGCUGGGGGCGGAGUUGAAGGGCCGGCGCACCUUUGUACCGGAGAGUCAUGAGGCGCUGCUGAAGCUGAUGAGCGACCUGGACCUUGAGGUGACAAUGGCCGAGUUGGGGCAUCUGACGUUCCGCCAGCAAUUCGAAGCGCUUCAAUCAGCCGACAUCAUCAUAUCCAUCCACAGCGCUUCCUUCAUGAACGUGCCUCUCCUCGCGCGCCGCUCCACAGUCGUGAUAGAGAUCAUGCCUUACAGGGUCGUGCAUGACCUCUACUAUUCCCUAACUCUCAACUCCGGUAUGCCGUAUUUCCUCAAAAUGUGCCGCAAGGGGGACGAGCAGGAGCGGGACGCGGAGUUCAAGCAUUUGAACCGGUUCGAUUGCAUGCGCAAGGAUGCGGCAUGUAAAGCGCACCAUGUGCAUUUCCGGAAGGUGGAACUUACGAGCCAGGAUUUGCAGGAUUUGAGAACGAUGCUGAUGGUUGCAAAGGGGUUGGCGGGGGCGAGUUUGGGUGCAUUUGGGGAGGAAGUGCAGCCAGACGAGCUGCCCGGGUGGGCAGAAGAAAAGUUUAAGGAUGUGUGUGCUGCCCGAGAUGUGGAGUUGUUUGGAUCGAGGAGUGAUUUUCUACGAGUGCCCAAGCGUGGCAAGCCGGACGAGGAUUUUAUUUGUGUGUUUUCUAGAGAUGCUCGUGAAGAUGCAUGA